AUUUUACGAAUCUCACAUUUUCUCUUGACUUUUCGCAAGUAUUUCGUGUUCUUGACUAUAAAAAAAAAAAAAAAAUUUGUUUUAAAAAAUUAAAGUAAAGUUAACAAAAAAAAAAGAAAAAAUUCACAUAUGCAAUAAUUAACUGUUGGCUGUGCAAAAUUAGAUAGCAAUAUGACAACAGCGAAUUAUGCAGAUCGCCAGAGUGCGAGUAUGCCACGACGUACUAUUGCGGAACCGGCAAAAUUUGUGUUUGAUUUGGUAGUCUCACAUUUAGAGACUCCCAAUCUGAAAAUACAGGAGCCCAAGGAAUUGCAGGUGGAUGUGAAUUUUAAUCGCACACCCAUUAAUGUCACAUCCAGUCGCAUUAAUGUAACCGAAUUCAAAAACGGAACGGCCAUUGAAUUCGAAACGGAACCGGCCAAACUUCGCAAAACCCUAGAAGAGUGCGGCAUGCCCAUAUCCGUGUCGUAUAAGGGCAAAGUUUUGGGCACUGGUCAAAUGACAUUUCCGCAAAUGGUCACCGAUCGUAUAGACACCGGAAUGUCCGAUCUGAUGCAUGUGGAUACGUGUAACUUUGAGAGAAAUGGUGAACCAGUUGGCAAUCUGGAGAUCCUUUGCCGUUUAGUAAUUAAAUGCGAUGAAAUGGAUAGAACUGACGAGAAAAGUUGCCGCCACAUGGACAAAAGCAUAAAUCCCAUGGAUAUUCUAUUCGUUAUGGGUGAAACGCAGCAUUGUUCGAAUCCCUGUGAUCCGUGCUUGGAUGCUUUGGAGGCCGAGGAGGGCGACUCACGCCUUAAUCUUGAUUUGCAACGUUAUCGCAGUGCACCCAGUGGCCCAAUGAUGUUGCACAAUGCUUCCGAUAACACGGCUUGCUUGGAGCUAAAAAAAAUGGCUAUCGAAUAUGGAGAGCUAAUUGACUCAAUAACCAAGGGAACAGGACAACCGGCACCUGCACAACCUCCUUGCCGGGGUCCAGUUGGUCCUCCCAUGCAGAUGGAUGUGCCAUAUGAGCCUAAUUUGCCCAAUUUUGCGUAUCCUUCACCACCACCACAGACAAUUCCAGUAUCAAUCAAGGAUUGUGGCGGCAAUGCACCAGAAAUAAAGCCCACACGCUUUUGUCCCGUCUGUCUGACCAAUAUGUCCUGGCUGCCAAAGUUUGCCGCUUGUCCCAAAUGCGGAGUCAAGCCCAUGCCUGUUAUGGAGGAAAGGCAUAGGGAAAAGAAGAUUACGGCUGAACAGGUACUGGUCGAGUAUUUAGGUAAACCACCUUCAGGCAUUGAUGACUAUUGUGUAAAUGCCUGUGAGAAGGCUAUGAAGGAUAAGCUUGAAAAGGAAAAUCCAGAGGAGUGUCCUCCCUGCAGAUGUACAUGCAAACUGAAUAAAGUCUGUGCCCAUUGCCGCAUACGUAAACUGUGCGCUGAUAUCUUCCAACCCGAUCCAGAGAAGCAGCCAAAGUGCCCAAAAGUGGAGCCCGAGCCCGAGUCCGAAGAUUAUUGUGUGGUAAGCCAUAGUGCGGAGGACUGUCGUCCAUAUUUGGCUCGCGUUUUUUCUGAACUACGCGAUUUGUACGACAUUAAGGACAACACCAAAAAAGGCUCUGAGUUCGACGAGGCAUGUGAGCAGGCACGCAAGACCAUCGUGAAAGGUGAGGAUACUAAGAAAAAGCCCAAGGUCGAAGCUGGCCAAGCCAAAGAAAAGACAAGAUCGUCUGCUGAAAAACCCGCAGAUAAAUCGACUGCUUUGAAAUUGGACAUCAAACAACCGCCCAAAAAAGUGGCAGCACCUCGCAGUGGCCACACGAAAACGGGACGACAUAAAUAUUGUGUCAACCAGCAUGGUGCAGUCUCCCGUAAUCAUGGCUGGGCUUGGGCCAAAAGUUCUGAAGCCCGCAAGAACGGCUGGCGUCCUGGUGCCGUGCGAAAACCGAUCAUGAAUCUCAUGAAAUUCUUUUUGGAAAAAUCGCGAAACAAUGCGAUGCAAACAUGUCAGGAUGCUGAGGAAGAAGCCCGUAGAAAGAACGAAGAGGAGCAGCCAGUGUUGAAUGUUUGCAAGAAGAAUGGAGAUAUCUAUAUAACUCUUCGACCGCUGUCACCUUUGGGCAUGAAGCAGAAACCCAUCGUAUUCCGCAUAGUCAAGAGUGAUUUGGCAGUCGCAGUUAGGGAGAUCAAACAGAAGCUCAAGGACAAGGGCUACCCAAAGUGCACCUGUCACAGAUCGGUAAUGAUGUGCACCUGUCGGUGUGUUAGAGAGAAAAAAGAAUUGGAAUGUGCCAUAAAUAAAGAGUGCCGACGCCGUAGGAUGCCUUCUUGUGCCGAGCAUUUGGUUCUCUCCGAUACCAGUGAAAGUGAAAUGGAAUAUGACUUUGAUGUGACACCUCCGGCGGGCACCCAUCGAGCGCCAAUGCGGCCGAAACCACGCACAACCAAUAAUAGUACCCAGACAAGCAAAAAAGAUAAACAGCCUGGUCCACCGAAGUAUCCUAAAGCCAUGAAUCCUUAUUAUCGAGCCUAUGACUGUGCUGUUGGGGACCGUUAUACGGGCACGGCUUUUGGAGCACCAGGCGAGGAGGUGUACGAGGAUGGCGUCUUUGGUCAUCGCGGCGGUGGGGCUCAUGGUGAAUCUGCAGCUCCAGGUGGCAAGCCGAAAUCAAAGCAAAUCUGGGGCGACAAUGCUGGAGGUCCAAUUCGCGGGGGUGGACGCUCGGGUGGUGGUCCUGGUCAAGGUGCUGGUUUUGGAGGUGGCGGUGGUGGCGGUGGCGGUGGCGGUGGUGUUGGUGGUGGUGGUGCGAGAGGAGGAGGAGGGUCUCCAUGGAAGGGUUUUCCAGUUAAUGUCAAACCAGGCGUUGGUGGCGCUGGCGGUGGCGGUGGUGGCGGCGGUGGAUCCAUACCUGUUCGAAUGCCCAAACGAUUUACCAAAUCUGCCGAGGAGGCAGCCAAGCAAGCAGAAACUGCCAAGAAAAAGGAAAUAGAAGAAAAGAAAAAAGGCGUUGACAUGAUGAAAUAUCUUCAAAAACGUGGAGACCUAGCCAAGCCCUACAAUCCUGCUGACGGCGAGAAGAAUCGCUCUCGAGGCAAAAAAGGACCAUCACUCGGCCCCGAUGGCCUAACCGAUGCUCAACGAAGAUUCCGAGCUCUACGUCAGGUGGCAGCUCCUUCAAUUUACAUGAUACCACGUCGUGGCAAGGCAUAUGAUCCGUGCGCAUUUACAUGUAGUCCUUGUGGUCCUUGUGGUCCUUGCGGCGCCCAAAACUACGACUGCUGCUCUCCACAGAACUUUAACUGUUGUAGCUAUUAUUGUUGAGCAAACUAAAUCAGAACCAAAUAUAUAAAUAUAUGUAUGUACAACCACA